GCCUGGCAGAUGGGAGUGAGACCACCUGAAGGAGACCACCAAGACGGUCAGGGCUGGAGCACAAGGCAAGCAAGAAGAUGCUGAGAAAGAUGGGAGAAGGGAAGAUGAAGGAGAAGCUUUUUGCUGUCUGCAGCUUCCAAAAGGGAGGGUGCAGACAGGACAGAGCCAGAUUUGAGCACAAUCACAGGGCAAAACCCAGCAGCAUGAGCUGUAGCAGGCGAAAUAGAAAUAUUUUUUAUUUUCCCUUUAUGAGAAUAAAGCGAAAAAGGAAAUAUCUCCAGCAUGCCAUGGUCUGACGCUGAUUUAACCGUGAAGUCUUGCUUCGAGCAGAGGGUUGGACCAGACCCCUGCAGAGGCUCUACAACCGGGAUUAUCCCACGAGUCCAUGUGCUGAGAAAACCACAGCCACCAAAACCUGCAGGAUAGUUGCCCUGGCUGUGCACCUUCGUUUAGGGCUAACGAGCCCUGCUCCAGCUUGCCGGAGCGGUUGUCAGGGAGGUUGCCAGGGAGGCUGACAUCAGACAUCCCUUCCCUAUAGAUUAUCGUGCACAGCGGCACCAUCGGUUCCUCCUCUGCAAAGGAGACGGGAGGGCACCCAGAGGAAGCCCCCGAGGGCGUUUUGCGUCACCAGCCCGGGUUGCCUAGCACCGCUGGGACCGUGGAGAAGGGCCACCAGAAUUUUUCCCCCCCUGCGUGUCCUAUCUGGGAGCCAAACGGUGCCGGGGACGGAGCAGAGGAGCCACGGAGGAGAUGGCAGCCGAGGCGGGUGAGCUCAAGGUGCCCUUCGUCCACGAUGACCAGCUCACCCGUUGCAUGCGACUGAGGGUCCAGAGCCUGCAGCAGAAGAAAGGCAGGCCCCAGGACGGCGAGAAGCUGCUGCAGCCCAACGAGCACGUCUACCGGGUGGAUUUCCUCCGGCAGCACAACCUGCGCUUCCUCCGCUGGGACAUCCAGAUGGAGAAAUGUGGGAAGGUGACGGUGACCGGCACCUCCCAGCACUGGACUCCUGAUCUCACCCACCUCAUGAACCGGCAGCUGCUGGAGCCCGUGGGCAUCUUCUGGAAGAAGCCGGGGGCCAAGGAAGUGGAGUGCAAUGAGGCCGAUGCCCAGGAGUUUGGGGAGCGGCUAGUGGAGUUGGCCAGGAUCCGCAAGGUGAUGUAUUUCCUCCUCGCUUUCACCGACGGCCUUGAACCUGCUCAGCUGAAGGGCUCCAUCGUUUUUAGAGCCUGACCCCCUUUUACCUGGCCCUUCUCGCUCCAGCUAUGCUUCUGUCUUCGUUUUCUUUCUUUCUUUCUUUCGUUCAGUUCUUCGUUGCUUUUACGGGGUUCUUCAUUGAAGGAUGGCAUCACAAAAAAAGUGGAGAACAGCUUGGUGCUUGGGGAGCCCCUCACCCCUGAGAAACAUUCCCAAAAUGUGCUCUUGCCUGUCUGAGUGAUGGGUAAGAUGGAGGAUGAGCCAUGCUGUGUUUGCCUAAGUAUAACUGAAUUCAGCUGGGAUUCACCAAGCCUGAGAGGGCUUGGAAAUAUUUGGCUCCCUAACCUCUCCAACCGUGGCCCCUGGAUACAAUAAGCCUGAUGGAAAAACAAGAGCCCACCACGCUGUGAACCUGGAGAGAGCCCUGGCUUCCAGUUUCCAUCCUAACCAUCCAAAAGAGGGGGCUUGUUGGAGACGGAGUAUUUCUCCUUGCAAGGAUGCUGAGUGCUGGCAGUGGCUGCUCGACGUCUCUGAAGACCGGUCCCGUGGAGGCUCACCAUGCCGUGACGCCCAAAUGAGGAGGUGGGAUUCAGCUUGUUGCCCACCUUGUGCUGCCUGGAGGUUUUUGGUACCGGGAAGGGUUGGAGCAGGCAUGUGUGUGCAGAGCUGGGCAAGCGAGCCAGCAGCUCAGAGCAGGCUGUAGGUCUGAGCCAGCAGGGAGUCCCCUGCAGCAAAGCCAAUUUGUGCAUCACUGCGGCCUCAAAACACUCAGGAAUAUAUUUAUCCUCGAGCAUCUAUGGAGAGCAGUGAGGUUGCAGAGCGCUUCACAGACCACAAAUUAGCAGCCUGCUGCUGCUGUCCUCCAAAGGCAGUUAUCUCCUCCUCUCUCCAAAUGCCAAGGCAGGGACUGGUGCCUGGGUGGUCGUGGGAGCAGAGCGGGUAGAGAGCACCUCUGGAAGUUUAGGAGCAGGAGGAUGUUUUGUGCCUGGCUCGUCCCAUGACUGUGAAUAAACUGCUAAGUUCGGACAUCCCUUUUCCUUCCUCCAGAGAGUGGAGGAUACUUUGGUGGAGCUUCUUGAGAUGAAAAUGUGCUUUGAAAAAGUCAAGUGUUACUAUGGUUGUUCCCACAGGUUUUUCUAGGAUUGCACGCAAAUGUGGGCGAGCACUCCUUAAGGUCUGGAUGGAAAUUUUCCCUGGCAUAUAUGAGGAGAGGGCAGUGAUGGGAAAGCCAGGAUGAGAAGGCUUCAUACCCAUGCCCUACUGAUUUGUGGGGGCCAUCCCAAAAAGAGUCCAAGCUCUUCUUC